GGAAGAGGAGGAGGAGGAGGAAGAAGGUGGGCAGGAGGCGGCGGUUGCGUGCGUCCUUCCGUGCUGGAGGGGCAGCCGCGAUGUGAAGCCCCACGCACACACACACAACACGUACACUCACACGCACGGCCCGGCAGGGCAGGAGGCGGCGGCGGCGCCCCCGGGAAUGUGUGUCUGGGACGCGGCGGAAGAAGCUUCAGUAUGAGGCGGGGUGGAUGGCGGAAACGAGCUGCCGAUGGCGAUGGAUGGGGAAUAUGGGGCGGGUACAUGGCAGCAAAAGUUAAGAAAUUGGAGGAUCAGUUCCGGUCAGAUUCAGCCAUACAACAGCAGAGGGAUGGAAAUUCAUCAAGUAUCUUUAGUGGAGUCGCCAUCUACGUCAAUGGCUUGACAGAUCCCUCAGCUGAUGAAUUAAGACAGCUGAUGAUGUUACACGGAGGCCAAUACCAUGUGUACUAUUCCAGAUCAAAAACGACUCACAUUAUUGCCACCAAUCUUCCAAAUGCCAAAAUAAAAGAAUUGAAAGGAGAAAAGGUAGUUCGGCCAGAGUGGAUCGUGGAAAGCAUCAAAGCUGGACGUCUCCUUUCAUACAUUCCAUAUCAGCUUUACACCAAGCAGUCAAGUGUUCAGAAAGGUCUCAACUUUAACAGCAUAUGCAAACCUGAAGAUGCUGUGCCAGGUCCAAGCAAUAUAGCUAAAGAUCUCAACAGGGUAAAUCAUAUUAAAAAGUACGACAUGGCAAAUGAAAACACAUCCAAUGGAAUAAGCAGCUGGAAUGAAGAAGAGGAAGAAGAAAGUGACGAUUUUGGACUUACAGAGCUGGAGGAGAUUCUUCCCGUACGGAAACAAAAUGGAAUUCAAUCUCAUAAAGACAGCACUGCCCUUUUUAAUGGACACACACACACUUCUACCAGUGCCUUAAAGCCACAGGAUUGCUUGGGGCCCUCCGGCAACGGUGUUGCAAGCAGGUUGUCUCCAGGCCCUGUGCAGGAGGAGGGGAAGACUGACAAAGGCAUGGUUGACUUUAGAGACUGCGCAAUGCAGCAGUUGCAGCAAAGCAACAAAAAUACAGACUUUGUGUGGAGCCCACACAGGACUAUGAGUAACUCAUCCUCAUCUUCAUUUUUGCACAGUAAUACUAAAAUAAAUGGUGCUCACCACUCAACUGUUCAGGGGCCUUCAAGCACAAAAAGCACUUCUGUACCUGCUCCUAGCAAGGCAGCUUCCUUACCUGUGUCCAAACCUUCAGAUUGUAGUUUUAUUUCUGACUUUUAUUCACGUUCAAGACUGCAUCAUAUAUCAACGUGGAAGUGUGAAUUGACAGAGUUUGUCAACAGCCUGCAGAGAAAAAACAGCGGUGUCUUUCCGGGAAGGGAAAAAAUUAAAAAAUGGAAAACAGGCAGGUCUGCACUUAAAACUGACACAGGUAAUGUGUCUGUUGCGAGCUCAACCAAGCCACAGAGCUGUAUAAUGCACGUGGAUAUGGAUUGCUUCUUUGUGUCUGUGGCUAUCCGAAAUAGACCAGAUCUCAAAGGAAAGCCAGUAGCUGUUACUAGUAACAGAGGUACAGGAAAGGCACUGCUGCGCCCUGGUGCAAACCCCCAGCUUGAACAGCAAUAUUACCAGAAAAAGCUAUUGAAUGGCAAAGCAGAGAUUAGAGUACCUGAUCAGUUGGACUCAUCAGUCUGGGAGCAUCCGGAUUCCGCACAUGUGAAUGGAGCUGACUUGGAUCUCACCGUUCUGUCCAUGGCUGAAAUAGCUUCUUGUAGUUAUGAAGCCAGACAAGUUGGCAUAAAGAAUGGAAUGUUUUUUGGCCAAGCAAAAAAGUUGUGUCCAAAUCUUCAAGCGGUUUCAUAUGAUUUUGAUGCAUACAAAGAGGUUGCACGGACAGUAUAUGAAAUACUAGCAAGCUAUACUCAUAACAUCGAAGCAGUCAGUUGUGAUGAAGCACUAGUAGAUAUCACUGAAAUCCUUACAGAGACCAGACUGACUCCUGAUGAAUUUGCAAAUGCUAUCCGCACUGAAAUCAAAGACCAAACUAAAUGCACAGCUUCUGUUGGGAUGGGUUCCAAUAUUCUGCUGGCCAGAAUGGCAACUCGUAAAGCAAAACCAGAUGGACAGUAUCACUUAAAACCUGAAGAAGUGGAUGAUUUUAUCAGAGGACAACUUGUUACCAGUCUUCCAGGAGUUGGCAGGACAAUGGAAUCUAAGCUGGCUUCUUUGGGAAUUAAAACCUGUGGAGAUCUUCAGUGUGCUUCAAUGUCAAAACUACAAAAAGAAUUUGGUCCAAAAACAGGACAAAUGCUCUACAGAUUUUGUCGUGGUUUGGACGACCGACCUGUUCGUACAGAAAAAGAAAGAAAAUCUGUUUCAGCAGAAAUCAACUAUGGAAUAAGGUUUACACAGCCUAAGGAAGCAGAAGCUUUCCUUUUGAGCCUCUCAGAAGAAAUCCAGCGUAGACUUGAAGCUGCUGGUAUGAAGGGUAAACGAUUGACCCUUAAAAUUAUGGUCAGAAAGGCUGGAGCACCAGUAGAGCCUGCAAAAUACGGAGGUCAUGGAAUCUGUGAUAAUAUUGCCAGGACUGUGACUCUAGACCAUGCAACAGACAGUGCAAAAGUAAUUGGGAAGGAAACUCUGAACAUGUUUCACACAAUGAAACUGAACAUAUCUGAUAUGCGAGGGGUUGGAAUUCAGGUACAGCAGCUAGUUCCCAUCAGUAAAACAACUUCAGCUCCCUCGACAGUACAAUCUGGACACUUACCUGGUGGAUCACAUUCAGUUAUUGAUCUGUUUCAUGUUCAGAAAGCAAAAAAGCAUUCAGAAGAAGAACAUAAGGAAGUAUUUGUGGCUGCUAUGGACCUUGAAAUAUCUUCUAAUUCAAGAACUUGCACUUUCCUUCCAUCUCGUGGUACCAGUGUCACCCCUGGUCUCAAUUCUAAUGCCAACAACGAGUCUGCUGUCAAGUGGAAUGGUGUGCAUUCUCCUAUCAGUGUAAAAUCCAGGCUUAAUUUGAGUAUUGAAGUUCCAUCUCCUUCCCAGCUAGAUAAGUCUGUGCUAGAAGCUCUGCCACCUGAUCUGCGAGAGCAAGUAGAGCAGAUAUGCACCCUUCAGCAAGGAGAGAGUUACGGAGAGAGCAAAAAAGAGCCAAUAAAUGGAUGUAACACUGCACUUCUGUCACAACCAGUUGGAACAGUGCUUUUACAAAUACCAGAGCUCCAAGAACCAAAUACCAAUAUGGGAAUCAAUGUAAUAGCCUUGCCAGCUUUCUCACAGGUGGAUCCCGAGGUUUUUGCUGCACUACCUGCUGAGUUGCAAGCAGAGCUGAAAGAUGCAUAUGAUCAAAGGCAGAAGCAGUCAGAGCAGCAGCCUGCUAACACUUUAGUGUCAAAAAAUCCUGUCUUACACCUGAAGCAUACAACUAUGAAAAAUAAGAAAAAAAUACGGAAAAAAAAUCCAGUCAGUCCUGUGAAAAAGAUUCAGAGUCCUUUGAAAAACAAACUUAUUGGUAGUCCUGCAAAAAACAUGCCAGGUACAUCUGGAAGCCCACAGAAGCUAAUAGAUGGCUUCUUGAAACAAGAAGGAACAGCUGUUCAGGCAGAAGCAGUUCCAUCAGCUUCGGAUUCUUCAGGCCCCUCAGCUGUGCCGGAGCAGCAGCCGGGCUCGUUCAGGCCGCAAGCCCCAAACCUCGCUGGAGCUGUGGAAUUCAACGAUGUGAAGACGUUGUUGAAAGAGUGGAUCACGACCAUCUCAGAUCCUAUGGAAGAAGACAUUCUACAGGUUGUGAAAUACUGUACUGAUCUAAUAGAAGAAAAAGACUUGGAAAAGUUAGAUCUGGUUGUUAAGUACAUGAAAAGGUUAAUGCAGUCAUCCGUGGAAUCGGUUUGGAAUAUGGCAUUUGAUUUCAUUCUUGACAAUGUUCAGGUAGUUUUACAACAAACUUAUGGAAGCACAUUAAAAGUUAUCUGAACAUGUAGUAAAGAGCUUGAUGAGAGCCUGGAGCUCUCUGCUAGCUGUGCCAUAAGUGCUUGUGAGGUAUUUGCAAAGUGCAUGAUAGUAAUGCCCUGAGUUUUUAUAAUUUCAAAUUUCUUUUUAAACAACAAAGUGUUUUGUACAUUUCUUUUCAGAAAGUGCCAAAUUUGUCAGUAUUGCAUGUAAAUAAUUGUGUUAAAAUUCUUUUAUUGUAGUAUAGAAUCUAUUUACAAAAUGUUUGUUUAUAAAGUUUUAUGGAUUUUUACAGUGAAGUGUUUACAGUUGUUUAAUAAAGAACUGUAUGUA